ACAAGCAGUAAUUGGAAGGAUGUCACUGUUUUCUGGUCAUAUUGCUGUUGAUGGAACAGUGGCAUAUGUAGCACAGCAAGCUUGGAUAUUUCACGGGACAUUGAGAGAAAACAUCCUCUUCGGAAAGCCUUAUAAACAAGAGUGGUAUUCUGAAGUUCUACAUGCAUGUGGUUUGGAACCUGAUCUCCGAAAAUUGGCUAAUGGUGACUUAACUGAGAUAGGCGAUAGAGGAACGAACCUAAGUGGUGGUCAGAAACAGCGCGUGAGUCUGGCACGUGCAGUCUAUAGCAACAGCGACAUCUAUCUUUUAGAUGACCCCCUGUCUGCCGUUGACGGUCAUGUUGGGCAGCACCUAUUCCAUAAUUGCAUUCAUACAGUCUUGAAAGAUAAAACCGUUGUAUUGGUCACUCACCAACUCCAGUACUUAAAGGAAUGUGAAGAGAUAUAUGUCAUGGCUGGUGGCGAAAUAGCCGAGCACGGAUCGAGUCAGUCGUUGUUAACAAAGAACGGACACUACGCAAAAUUGGUUCAACAACUUGAUUCCGACAUGGAAAAUAUGUGCGAUGAAAACAAUAUGACGUUAUUAGAAGAUGACAUAGAUCAAGGAUCCACUGAUAUUAACACAACUAAGCAACAGAGAUAUUCCGUACCGUCUUCCAGCUGUAAUGGUAAAGGUGUUCUUACAGACAGAGAGACCUCAAAGAUUGGCGAAAUCAGCAUGGAAACAUAUAUGAGCUAUGUGCGUGCAGCAGGAGGCAAAAUUGUCGCCGUUUUUGUGCUUCUACUGUAUGUAUGUUCUAUUUCUUCUGUCGCAUUUACUGACUGGUGGCUUGGAAUUUGGAUUAAGCAGGCAAAUGCUAAAGCGCCUGAAACACUUUCUUUCAUUCCCAAUGGUACAAGUACAAAUGUAUCAUCCGAUGGGAAUGCAACAGACCAGAAAGCAAAUGUAACUUCCUUCUUGCAAUUGGAUGAUAACUCAGACGGAACAAACUGGUAUCUUACUGUGUAUGUUUUUUCGACUGUUGGAAUACUUGGACUAGCGACAUUGAAAGGAGUAGUAGCGGGGCUGGUGACAAUAAAAGCUAGUGUAAGUUUACAUAACAAUGCAGUGUGCAGAAUAAUGAGUACGCCAAUGCGGUAUUUCGACGCAAAUCCAUCGGGUAGACUACUGAAUCGAUUCUCAAGAGAUGUAGAAGACGCUGAUACAUUUAUCCCCCAUAUGAUGGACAUGCUUAUCCAAGGCAUAAUUAUGGGAAUUAUCUCCCUUGUCACCACUGCUUACAAUUAUCCAUUGUUCCUCAUCGCAGUAGCUGCCAUUGGAUUUUACUUCUAUAUCAUUAAAAUCAUAGGGACCGUUCCAAUAAGAAAUUUCAAGCGCCUUGAAAAUGUCGUAAGGUCACCACUGCUUAGUCACGUGACCACAUCAUGCAAUGGACUAAGCACCAUCGUUUGUUACUCACAGGAAAACAACUUCAUGAAAGGCUGUAAACAGCUAUCAGAUAUGACCUCUGCGGUAAUGUUCCUGAUGGACUUAAGCAUGAGGUGGAUGAAUCUUCGAUUAGACAUUGGGGGCAGUGUGGUGACAAUUAUAACAACUAUCAUCGUGGUGUUCACCAAAGGCUCUAUAUCUCCUGCAUUGGCAGCGCUGUCAUUGACUAUGUGUACAAACGUGGCAUCACUUAUCCCGUUCUUCGGCCGUUCAAUAAAUGAAGUGGAAAGCAGGUUUACAUCCAUCGAACGAAUUCAUGAGUAUGAGAAUCUCGAGAUAGAAGACGAGACUGGGAUUGUUCAGGUUGAUAAAAAAUGGCCAAGCGAAGGAGGUAUAAGGUUUUCAAAUGUGGAAAUGAAAUACCGCGAUGGUAUGGCCCCUGUACUGAAGAACAUCAACCUCGAUAUCCCUCCGAAACAAAAGGUUGGCAUUGUCGGCCGAACGGGAGCUGGGAAAUCGUCGUUAGUUGCUGCCCUGUUCAGGUUGGCCGAUCUAUCUGACGGCAACCUGUUCAUAGACGACGUCGAAAUUAGAACAAUACCGCGAAAACUUCUGCGUUCAAGUUUGGCGUCGAUUCCACAAGAUCCUGUUCUGUUCGCUGGUACCUUAAGGUACAACCUGGAUCCAUUUCAAAAGUAUACGGACGAACAGGUCUGGGCAGCACUGGACCAGGCCAAUAUGAAGGAAAAAAUGAACCGUCUUGGUCUGACUCUUGACUUAUCUAUCGAGGAAAACGGAGAAAACUUCUCGGUGGGAGAACGACAACUAAUAUGUCUGGCACGUGCUAUUUUGCGUCAAAACAAGAUUCUGGUAAUGGACGAAGCCACAGCGUCCACCGAUACAUUCACAGAUGCCUUGAUCCAAGAUACUGUCCGUGACAGUUUCUCCGACUGUACCGUUCUGACGAUCAGCCACAGACUUAACACCGUACUGCAUUGUGACGUCGUACUUGUCAUGGAUGCCGGACAGGUGAUAGAGAUUGGUAACCCACAGGCCUUGUUACAGAAUCCGUCUUCACAUUUCAACAGUAUGAUUCGUGUUCAAAACCGACCAUCUAUAAUCAGAUGA